CUUCUUAUUAGCUUCCCUGAGUACAGUUGUGUUUCUAGGCGGUAAACAUCGAAAAUGCUUCCAGCGCUGACCGGAAAGCUCCUCAAGCAGGCUACUGGGAGCCUUGCUGCCCUAUCACAAUGCCAACAGCUGCGCUUCUUCAAUGUGCAUGAGUACCAGGGUGCACAAAUCAUGAGCAAGUUCGGCGUGAACGUGCCGCCGGGCAUUCCAGCGACCACCCUGGACGAGGUGAAGAAGGCCGUGGACCAAAUGGCGGACGAGAAGGGCGAGGUGGUGAUCAAGAGCCAGAUCCUGGCGGGAGGCCGCGGCCUGGGCAAGUUCACCAACGGCCUGCAGGGCGGCGUGCACAUCGUGCCCAAGGCCAAGGCGCUGGAGCUGGCCAAGCAGAUGCUGGGCGCCACGCUGGUCACCAAGCAGACAGGGCCGGCCGGCAAGCCCGUCAACACGCUGCUGAUCUCCAAGAAGAUGAAGCUCAAGCGCGAGAUGUACUUUGCCAUCCUGCUGGACCGCAAGACAGCGGGACCCAUGAUGAUUGGCUGCAGCGAGGGCGGCACCAGCAUUGAGGACCUGGCGGAGAAGUUCCCGGAGAAGAUCAUCAAGAUCCCCAUUGACAUCCGGGUCGGCAUCACAGACGCCCAGGCCAUGCAGAUGGUGGAGGGGCUGCGUGUGACUGGCGACAAGGCGGCCGCGGCCAAGCAGAUCAAGGCGUUGUACACGCUGUUCGACAAGAGCGACUGCACCAUGGUGGAGGUGAACCCGCUGGCAGAGGGCCUGGACGGCUCACUGAUCGCCGCGGACGCCAAGCUGGGCUUUGACGACAACGCCGCGUACCGCCAGAAGCCCAUUUUCGACAUGAAGGACGAGAGCCAGAUCGACCCGCGCGAGGUGGCCGCCAGCAAGUACGACCUGAACUACAUCGGCCUGGACGGCUCCAUCGGCUGCAUGGUCAACGGCGCCGGGCUGGCCAUGGCCACCAUGGACAUCAUUAAGAUGCACGGCGGUGCGCCCGCCAACUUCCUGGACGUGGGCGGGUCCGCAAACGAGCAGCAGGUGGUUGAGGCGUUCAAGAUCCUGACGGGCGACAAGCAGGUCAAGGCCAUCCUGGUCAACAUCUUUGGCGGCAUCAUGAAGUGCGACGUCAUUGCCAGCGGCAUCGUCAACGCCGCCAAGCAGGUGGGCGUGCAGGUGCCUCUGGUCGUGCGGUUAGAGGGCACCAACGUGGCUCGCGGCAAGGAGAUCCUGGCCACCAGCGGCAUGACCAUCAUCACCGCAGACGACCUGGACGACGCAGCCAAGAAGGCCGUGGCCUCCAUCGCCUAAGGGGCAGCCAGCUGCCUAGAGCCACAGGGACGCCCGUUGCCUAGCGGCCCAGAGGUGCCCAUGGCCUGGAGGCGCCCAUCAGCUCCAUCGCCUGCAGGUUGACAGGUCUUAGGCGUGCAUCGCAAGAAAGAGUGCCCAGCUGCGCAUCCCUGGGUUGCUGGCUGGCGGGGAGGGAUGGGGAUUUGGCGCUGCGCAUGUUGCGUUAGCAGGUGCUGCUGUGCGGCUCAGGGGAACCCCUGAUGCGGCUGGCGGUGCAAGCAAGAAGAGGUCGUGGCACAGGCGCUCAAGACGCGUGCUCGUCCCGGGCUUAAAAUGACAUAUACUGACACAGAUAAGCCCCUAUAAUUUGGCAAGGGCGCGAGCUGGCAGACAUGCAGUGAAAGGUUGGAACCCGGUGUAAGACUGUGCUGAUGAUGAGUGUUGCGGUUUGAGUCAAUUAUAUAUGUUGUGAUACGGUAAGGUGCCAUGGUUCAAUGGAUCGGGCGGCACAUUGCGCAUGUGCAGGUUGCCGUGUCCCUGCCUUGCCAACUGCUGUAAUUUAUUCUGUCG